UUCCGACCCCCGUUAAGAUUUUUGUGUAUACUUUGCCCGGCGGCCGAUUGACGGUAAAUAUUUGGACGUUCAGCAGUGUUUUUGCGCUUUCAGGAUUUUAUUUUAUCCCCCGUCCACCGCGAUCCGUAUUGUGCAUAGUGAUUGAAUAUUGCUUAAUUAUUUCCCGUUUUCGUUUUAUGAGCUUUUUCGUCGAGUCGAUUUACAAAGUGACGUGAUUAUCGAAUACCAGGAUUGCCAUGUCGCAGAGAUCGUCAAGAAAAGGCGGCGCGUCUAGGAACACGCCGCAGCCUGACGAGUCAACGGCCAGCACAACAAACAGUGAAAAGAGCAGGAGGACCGCGACACUGAGCCCUACCCGGUUCAGUCGAAUUCAAGAGAAACACGAGUUACAAAAUUUGAACAACCGUCUGGCUGCCUACAUUGACCGCGUCAAGUAUUUGGAAACGGAAAAUUCUAAAUUGACACACGAGUUGCACUCGUCGCAAGAGGUGACCACCCGGGAGGUGUCUAACGUCAAAGUACUGUUUGAAUCCGAGCUUGAUGAUCUGAGAAAUGCAUUGGACCGCGAAGCCAAACAAAAAAGCCGUUUGGAGCUGGAAAAUCGGCGCAAAAUUUUGGAAGUAGAAGAACUCAAAACUAAAUUUGAUAAAGCUACUAAAGAAUUAAAAGAAGCUACACCAUAUAUUGCCCGAUUUAAUGAAUUGAAUUCCAAAUUUGGUCAAACUUUAAUUGACAAUAAAAAUUUAAAAGACGCUAAUAAGAAACUGACUAAAGAAUUAGCUAUAGAAAAGAAAAAUGUAAAAGAUGUUCAAAAAACAUUAGAAGAAGAAAUAUUACAAAGAGUCACAGCUGAAAACAAAUUACAAAGUUUAAAAGAAAAUUUCAAAUUCAAAGAAGAGGUCCAUAAACAACAGCUUAAUGAUACUAGAACUAGUCGCCGUACAGAAGUUAUCAGUGAAGUUGAUGGACGUUUAGUAAAGGAGUAUGAAGAUAAAUUACAAUCUGAACUACAGAAGCUACGACAACAAGCUGAAGAAGAUGUCAAACGGAAUAAAAAAGAAAUUUCUGAAUUGUUUGAUAGCAAGUUCCAAAACUUAGAAAAUGAAUUGCAGCGGAAAAAAAAAGCUAUGGAAUUAGCACAAGAAGAUUUAAAUGCAACAAAUGCACGUGUCACUGAACUAACACAACAAAUUAAUGAUUUAUUAUCCUGUAAUAAUGAUUAUCUGCGGAAAAUAACUGAUUUAGAAAGACAAAAAGAAAGUCAAAGAACCAAGUAUCUUGCAGAAAUUCAAGGACUUGAUCAACAAUUAACUGCUAUGCAAGAUGAUAUGUCCCAGAAAGUACAAGAAUAUCAAGACUUAAUGGAUAUCAAAGUGGCACUUGAUAUGGAAAUUAGUGCUUAUCGUAAAUUAUUGGAGAGUGAAGAAAGACGAUUGAGUAUUACACCAAAUACAUCAGUAGUAGGUAGCCCAAGAGGCAAAAAGAGGAAAUUAUUUCAACGUGAUGAAACUGAAUAUGAAUUUUCUAAUGUUAUUACUGCUUCAUCAACCGGUGAUAUCGAAAUAAGUGAAGUGUGUCCAGAUGGACAAUUUGUGAAACUAUACAACAAAGGAUCUAAAGAAAUUUCAUUAAGUGGACAUGAAUUAGUACGUACGACUGCUGGGCAAAAUCUUUCUACAGUGUUUAAAUUUCAUCGUACAGUAAAAUUAGGAGCUGGUAAUUGGUUAACUAUAUGGUCUUCAACUGCCAGUAAUCAAAUACAUGAACCUAGUGCUGGAUCAAUUGUUAUGAAUACUCAAGCUUGGGUCAGCGGAGAUCUUAUGGCUACUAUACUCUUAAAUUCAGAAGGACAAGAAGUAGCUACCCAUGAGCUUAAAAAAGGACAUGUCUCAAAUUUACGAGGCAGUGAAGGUUAUGGUGAUUAUGAAUCUGAAUUAUUUCACCAACCAGGCGAUCCUCAAACUGGCGACAAAUGUAUUAUCAUGUGAAGUUAUUCUCAAUAUUUUACUACUAAAAACAAAAUUCAAAAG